AGGACACCGCUUGCCGCCGCCGGCGCCGCCGCCUUCCUUCGCCUAGCCAGGGAGAGGGGGCCGGCUGCUCAAGGUAAAGCAUGGCUGCCAAGUGGCCAACCAGAUGCCUGUAGGAAGCCCAGAAACAAGACCUGAGUGCCACAGCACUCUUACCUUCUGCAGUUUCCAACAACUGAUAUUCAGAAGAAUACCGUCUCCGACUGUGGAGGAAGAGCAUAACCAUCAUGUCUUUCAUGCCACCUACCAUGCUGUUCAUAAGAGUCCCCCAAGCCUCUGGAGCAGAUUUAGAGGGCACAGGGAGGCUGCAGAACGAACAGGGGAGCUGGAUAAAUUGCCUCCUCCACUCUGCUAACAGAAGUCUUCACUGGAUCAGAAACCUUCUGUCGGUGGAGACCACAACUGAGUAAAACUCACCGGAACUCCUCUAGGGUUAUUCUUAAUAAGAUAAUGAAGAUUAUUCAGUCUUAAUUGGUGAUCUAUUGACUGCACCAUGUAUAUUGCUUGCAAGGUGGCUCUAACCAAGAGAGCUGAUCCAACUGAGUUGAAAACAAUAUUUUUGAAGUAUGCAAGUGUUGAGAAAAAUGGUGAAUUUUAUAUGUCUCCCAGCGACUUUGUCACACGGUUCCUGAAGAUAACAGGAGAUGGGGUGCCCAAUCCCAAAACAGUCCAGUUGCUGGGAAGUGUGGUGGAUCAGACUAAAGAUGGGCUGAUAUCCUUUCAAGAAUUUGUAGCAUUUGAAUCUGUCCUCUGUGCUCCAGAUGCAUUGUUCAUGGUGGCAUUUCAACUUUUUGACAAAACUGGCAAAGGAGAAGUUACUUUUGAGGAUGUUAAGGAGGUUUUUGGCCAGACCACAAUUCACCAGCAUAUUCCCUUUAACUGGGAUUCAGAAUUUGUGCACCUGCAUUUUGGAAAAGAUAGGAAAAGGCGCCUAAAUUACGCAGAGUUCACUCAGUUCUUACUGGAAAUUCAGUUGGAACAUGCAAAACAAGCAUUUGUACAGCGAGAUAAUGCCCAAGCUGGAAGAGUUACUGCCAUUGACUUUAGAGAUAUUAUGGUCACAAUCCGGCCUCACAUGUUGACACCUUUUGUGGAAGAAUGUCUAGUAGCUGCUGCUGGAGGAACCACUUCUCAUCAAGUCAGUUUUUCCUAUUUUAAUGGAUUUAAUACCCUUCUUAAUAACAUGGAACUCAUUAGAAAAAUCUAUAGUACUUUGGCUGGACAUAGAAAAGAUGUGGAAGUUACUAAAGAGGAGUUUGUUCUGGCAGCUCAGAAAUUUGGCCAGGUUACACCCAUGGAAGUUGACAUCUUGUUUCAGUUAGCAGAUUUAUAUGAGCCACGGGGGCGCAUGACGAUGGCUGACAUUGAAAGAAUUGCUCCUUUGGAGGAGAGCACAUUGCCCUACAACUUGGCUGAGGCUCAAAGACAGGUGAGGAGGCAGCAAGCUCCAAGUGAUGUGUCUCGUCCUAUUCUCAUCCAGAUCGCAGAAUCUGCAUACAGGUUUGCCCUUGGUUCAGUUGCUGGAGCUGUUGGAGCCACUGCAGUGUAUCCAAUCGAUCUUGUGAAAACCCGGAUGCAGAACCAGCGCUCCACUGGGUCAUUUGUCGGGGAGCUGAUGUACAAGAACAGCUUUGAUUGUUUUAAGAAAGUGCUACGUUAUGAAGGAUUCUUUGGGCUCUACAGAGGUCUUUUGCCACAAUUAUUGGGAGUAGCCCCAGAAAAGGCCAUAAAACUUACUGUAAACGAUUUUGUGAGAGACAAAUUUAUGAUGAAGGAUGGUUCUGUUCCUUUCACAGCAGAAAUUCUUGCUGGUAGCUGUGCUGGAGGAUCUCAAGUGAUUUUCACCAACCCACUAGAAAUUGUCAAGAUUCGCUUGCAAGUGGCUGGAGAGAUCACGACUGGUCCACGAGUUAGUGCCCUUACUGUACUCCGGGACCUGGGAUUUUUUGGGCUCUACAAGGGAGCCAAGGCAUGUUUUCUUCGCGACAUCCCCUUCUCUGCCAUUUACUUCCCCUGUUACGCACACACAAAAUCGGCUUUUGCAAGUGAAGAUGGGCAGGUGGGCCCUGGAUCUUUGCUUCUAGCUGGAGCAAUAGCUGGAAUGCCUGCAGCUUCUUUAGUGACCCCUGCAGAUGUGAUCAAGACAAGGUUACAGGUGGCAGCCCGUGCAGGACAAACAACGUACAGCGGUGUCAUUGACUGUUUUGGGAAGAUCCUACGAGAGGAAGGUCCGAGGGCAUUUUGGAAAGGAGCUGCAGCUCGUGUGUUUCGCUCCUCUCCUCAGUUUGGGGUAACCCUGGUGACUUACGAGCUUCUGCAGAGAUGGUUCUAUGUUGACUUUGGAGGAGUGAAACCGGCAGGAUCGGAACCCAUUCUGAAAACAAGAAUCACCCUACCUGCACCGAACCCUGACCAUGUUGGGGGCUACAAGCUGGCCGUUGCCACGUUUGCAGGGAUUGAAAAUAAAUUUGGACUUUACUUACCUCGGUUUAGGUCCUCACCACCUACCUCACAGGCAGCAUCUGUUUGACCCUAAGGCAGUGGCAUCCUUUUACCAAGCAUUGAGGAAAGAGCCAUGUGUCUGAUCAGUCUUAAUGUUUCAUUCUUUUAGCUUCUUGAUCUCAACCCAGCAUCAUCUACUCUGCAAGUCUUUCCCACCCAUGCCUCUCCCCCACUUUUAAGUGUAAAUCAUUGGUCUUUGUGCUUCCUCAGAUCACUGUGAAAUUUUGCUAGAGUAGUCUUAUUGGUUUGGGUCCACAAAUGUAUUUUUAAUUUUACUUGCACAUACCUGGGAUUGUGAAUGUAGUUGGGCUGGUUGGGUAAAGGCAUUCAUCCACAAUUCAUUUUUUCCACCUUGGGGAGGGUAUUGUGGUGGCCAUACCAGGAGGUGUGGGGCUAUUAAAAUAUGAUCAGCUAGCAUUCAAAUAAGGGCUGUUCUGCCAGCGUGGCUGCAUGUUGGAUAUUCAACAGAAAUCAUGGAGCUCAAUGCCGAGUGGUUUAGAUUGUGUGUGUAAGAAGUGUUACACAUUCACUUUGCAUCUGUACCAUAGGAUUCAGAAGAUGUAAGUACGAGGAGUACCUGACGCUGCCAAGUGUGACUACAUUUUACAUAUGUACAACACGCACAAGUUGCAUUCCUGGAUUGUAUUAAGAGGCUUUUUGUGGGGGAACAUGUUUUUCUAACUUAAACCACACCGACAAAUGUUUAGCCAUUAUAUUCUGUCCCUGGUGUCAGAAUGCUGGGGGCGGGGAGGAACGGGGAGACAAAUGUAGUUUUCCAUAGUUUCUGCACUUUAUGGAAGAACAUCUUAUUACAUGAACUGAAAUUUCAGUACCACGAGGCAUGAGCCAUCCAGAGGUGUAGCUGUACAUUCUUCGUCCUUUUCAGUGCUAUUUUGCUAGGGGCUCCUGCGCAACGUGAAUGGUGGAGGCUGUGCCCAAGGGGGCUGGAUCCAGCCCUGCUGUUAUUUGGAUUCUUGUUUAGUGUUAAUGCACUUAGAGUAACCUGCUGCUUGUUGAAAUAAAUGCAAUAGAAAAAUCCAUGCACUGUAUCAAUGGUAUCUGCCUUAACUGCCAGCUUGUAAUUGGAAAAUAUUUGUGUGAAAAUUCUUACAAUUUUGUUGAAUUAAAAAGGAGAUUUUUUAAAAUAACAAU